AUGUCGGCUGCCACCGAUGCUCAGUCAAUCCAAAAGGCCUUCGCCAAUGCUUGUUCAAUCGCCCUCCAGAACAUUAGCCGGGAGGCUCCCGUCUAUCCCGGUUACAGGCCCUUGACUGCCUCGCCGCGGAAGAUCCGCGUCCUUAGCGUCGGACCUGGUCUAUCAUGUGUUCUCCGCCACUGCGAUCUCGAUGCACAACCUCAUUACUACGCUUUGUCCUAUUACUGGGGUGCCCCAGGCGAGGAACUACCCAUUCGCGUGAACGGCGCCAAAGUGCUGAUACGGAAGACGCUGCAUACAUUCCUCACCAUUCUUCAAAAGCGUUUUGGUCAACUGACUGUGUGGCUCGAUGUCAUUUGCAUCAACCAGAGAGACAAAGCCGAGCAGAGCCGCCAGGUCUCUAUGAUGGGCGACAUCUACCGACGAGCCCAAGCAGUCUAUGCUUGGCUUGGCGACAGCGACACGGACAGCGACUACGCCCUGAACUUUAUUGUUGACUUUGCCUCCCAAUCCUAUGAACCACAUGAAUGGAGCAAGGUGCUAAGCUACCUACAACAGCUGGCCAUGCGCCCUUACUUCUCCCGAACCUGGAUAAUACCAGAGUGUGGGCUCAACAAAACCUUGCUGAUCUUUUGCGGUAAACAUAUGCUUCAAUGGGAGCAUCUUCACGACACUUUCGGAAAACUGAGGGCUUCAAAUACCUCCAAACACACGCUCCCUUUGGUGCAGCCAAACGAGUUUGCUAAAAUGGCGUGGAAUCGGCUGGACUCGAUCUGGGCUGUCCGUGAAACUAUGGCACAAGAAUCGAUCCGCCUCUACGACUACGUCAAACAGUUUCUGUAUACUGGCUGUGCGGAACCAAUGGAUAAGAUCUAUGCUUUCAGAGCCUUGGCGCAUGAUGGCGAAAAGAUACAUGUGGACUACGACCAACCAGUCCUGGAUGCGAUAAUACAGACUCUCUCCAUUACUCCCAUCACCUAUCUCGAGCGUUUCAGUCAGGCCAACCUUCCAGUCCAUGCUCGAACCUUGGUCGCACACAUUCCGCUGACCAAUACUCAGAUCGUAUUGGGAUUGCGCGACCUCCCAUCCGACAAGCUGAUAGUUCGCUUCCUGAAUGCUGAGAAUGAAGAUGAUGGCCGCAUGGUACCAGAAGGCCUGCCAAAAUCUGUUCCCUGGUCCGAAGGCUAUACUCUGGCCCCAGCACUGCGUGCAUACCUCGCCAUUUCCGCCGCACGGGAGUCGGGGGUACAUGAUGAGACCGUCAUGACCGAAAGUAUGAUAAAAGAGAUUCCUGCGAAUCGUUUCGUGUCAUGCUAUCCGCUGGAUGCGGGUCGCGAGAUAUCGUUGGUGGUCGAUCUCGACCCAGACUCUGGUGCCGUCAGUCUGGUAUGCUGUCUUCCAUCGGCAUGGUUCUUGCACGUUCAGGUAGCUCUGAGCCAAUUACUGGCGGGCAUGAAGAGAUCCGACUCUGACAACACCCAAGUUGUGAAGACUUGGUUUGCAAGCAAACAGCCAUUGCUUCAGAAGAUGGAAGACAUAAAGCCGUUGGAGGAGCUCUGCCGGGAUAGAUUGAGAUUAUGUCGGCAUUUUGACAGUGAUCAGCGUCUAUUAAACUCUGAUGCAGACCUUAGGCCACAGAGCCUGGGUAUCCAUAUGAGUCGCCUCGUGCUCAUGUCACUGGUCUUCUGUAUCGGAGAGGGUGAGUCGGCAAAGGUACCUGACUUCCUGCUCGAGUAUGCUCGGCAGCACCUUCCCACGGCUGACAAAGCUGCCUGCCGCUGCGAACCGGCAAAGGGGGAAGCACACCUCUAG